AUGUCUGAGGAUCGCGAAGCUAAGUUAGAAUACCUCAACACCAAACCCGAGGGAUCUCCAGUUUCUGUCAUGGAGCAUACGGGUGAAGUUAUCAUCAGACUUGCAGACAAUUGCGCAGAGCGUCCACUCGAUUAUUUCGAAGUCGCUUCAUAUAUCAUCAAAGAAGAACGCCAGAGCAAAGAAAACCAAGAGUUACUCAAGUUUGGCAAGCCAAAAGGACCAAACUUCGUCGAAAAUGCUAAAACAAACGUACGUCUUCAAGCACAAUUAUUCCCAAAGCAACAACUCGGUGAAGAAGAGGAAGAAGCCGGUGAAGCUGAAGGUGGUGAAGAUGCUGAGCACCAAGAGGAAGAAACAGUUAACGAAGGUGAAAUUCCAAACGUUAUUGGAAAUAUGCAAUUCAUGAACGAGGUUGGUGUUGGUUUAAACGAAACAGAAACUAUUCUCUUACAACAAGCAAUUCAAAAACUCAUUCGCUCAAAGCCAUUAGCCACAGCUCGUUUCUGGGGCAAGGUCAUGGGUAUUCAAAACGAUUACUACAUUGCUGAAGCCGAAUUCAACGACGGCGAGCGCCCACAUGCUGCUCAAGAAGAAGAAGAGAAGAACGAGCCAGAGGAAGGAACAGAAAACAAGGAAGAUAAGCCAAGAAUCGUUCCAAAGGAAGAAGAUUCUGGUCCAAACCAAUACAGCUACUUCGUUUGCACACAGCUUGGUGGUCCAUGGAAGUUACUUCCUGAUAUUACACCAGCACAGAUCCAAGGCUCUCGCUGCAUCCGCCAAAUGUUCAGCGGAACAGAGAAAGGUCCUAUUGCUGCUCCAGAAGGCCGCUUCCAGGGCGGAGAAUACGAAUUACUUCGUUGCUUCAUUUCUCGUGUUACACAUUCCUGCACACUUGCGCCAAAAGGCCUCUACAAUCUUGAAGAAGAGCCAGAGGAAGGUGGCCGUGUCGAAAAUGUUACUCCAAUUGCAAUGGCAGAGGAACCAGAAUAUAAGCCACUCGAAGGCCUCAAAUCCUUUGUCCACUGCGUACCAACCAUCUUAGAUCAGGGCCGCUGCGAGUUCUACAUCUUCGAGGAAGACCAGCAGGACGAAGAAGGCAACGAGAAAGAGCCAGUCGUUGAACAUGGCCCACCAAUUUUGACACCAAUCACAGAGGAUAAAUCUAAGGACGAGUACAAGUGCUGGUCCCUUAGAGAGGUGAAUGGCGUUAGCAAGAGAUAUUGGCUUAGAUCUAACGUAUGGCCAGGUUUGCACAUCGUUUCUAAUGAAAAUGGUAGCCGCAUGGUCAUGAUGUACUUCGGAACAGGCAUGAAGGCCCAGAAGCCUCUUGAGUGGCCACCGCUCCCAGUAAAGAAGCCACCGCCACCACCACCAAAGGAGGAAGAAGAGAAGAACGAGAACGAGGAAGAAGAGAAAGGUGAGGAAGGCGCUGAGAAGACAAACACAGAGGAAACAACUGGCGAGGAAUCUGCGACUGGAACUGCAACAAACGAAGAGUCUGGAACUUAUGACUCAAACUAUGAUUCAAGCGCACAGUAA